AUGGAAUGGGCGGUCCUGACGGAUGUAGCAGCUGGUGCCAACCUAUUUGGGGUUUCGCCGCUGGAUGAGAAUGCCAUCUCCGCCGGUUCUCCAAACUUUGGUUUGGUUCUGCUGACAUAUUUUCUGGAACACCAAAAGGAUAAUACAGCAACCAAGAAGACAAACGCAUUCUUUGAUUUUAACCAGUUUGAUGCCCACUUGUGUUUGAUAUUUUGUUUGACUUUGUUUUGGCUUUACGUAAAGCAUAUAACAUUGUGCCGAGUCCUGUUGUGUCUUUCUCUCAUCACAGCAGGCAUUUUCAUUUUUGUAAACUUCAUAGCAUUUCAACUCCUGGACAAUGACAUCAAGUGGAUUAGGAAAGAGUCGGCGCUGUUGCGUGCCAUUGUGGAUGAUGAAGCUGCAAUUUCUUCUUUGAGUAACCAAGUGAAGAAUAAAGGGCAUCAACUAUGGGAUACUGGACUAGACUACAGUUCUAGUACAGCAGAAGCUGUUGGGCUAACUGGAUUCGAGGUAUCUUGGGUAAACGAUGCGAGUGAAGUUGUUGUCAAGGCAGAUAAGCUGAUCAAAACCUUUGAGGAUGGAAGAAAUAAUAAAUUAAAGUUCAACAGAAUAUCUUUGUCUUUCUCAACAAUGAUCAAGUACUUAACAGAUAUAAACGAGCUAUUUCUUAAUACCACGCAGGUCAAGGAUCGUAUAAACAGCAGUUUUACGGUGAAGAAAGCACUUAAAUUACACAUCUGCGAGUCACUGGAGAAAUCAUGGUCUGUUAUAAGAACGCUUCUGGAGAGGCCUAUUGAAGAACACGAGAACAAGUUGGUCAACUCUAUACUACAAACUGGGGCAGGAGGGCUGAUAUCUUCUGUUUUAAAGGAAGUAGAAGCUGCUAUCAAAAUGAUCGAUCGAAAAAGUUUAGACAGCAUUAAAGGCCAAACAGUUGAGAUGCAACUGAUGCUACUCUGUCCUUUCUUGCAACACAUCAAAAAUCUUCGCCUGGAGAGCCAAAUUGAAAGGGCAUGGUUGAUGGAUUUAUAUGAAAUCGUGAGCAAAGCCAGGGCUGCUAUCGACACCUUUUCAAAAGUAUCUUCUUCACUUCGAUGUAAGUGGCUUAGAGCUCUAUAUAUUCUCAGAUUUUGCAGAGCAAGGCGAAAGUUUAAGGCAGACAUGAAGUACAUUGAUGCCAGCUUCUCUGACCUUUUCGAAAGGAAGGAAAAGUAUGGUUUCCAGUUCAUCAUACGAGAUCCAUCAAAAUCCAAACACCGUUAUUUUCAUGAGACAGAUUUUGAAAUUAACUUUCCAUCCCUUUUACACAAGUUUCGCUCUUACCUCAAGACGGAGGGGCCACGACUAGGCUGGGUCUUCGAUAAGCUUAGGUUGAUAUGUGACCAGAUGGAGAAAAUGCUUAAUCUCUUGAAUAAUGCAAACUCAACUGCUGCAAUUCAAAAUAUCAGAGAAGCUUGGUCGAAGCAAAUGGAAAAUAUUGUAAACGCAGUUAUCAACUCUACAACAACAUUUGUGACAUAUGCAAAGAGCAACAAUACAUUGUUGAUUACACGAGCUAGCCUUCAGCUUUCCCAAGAAAUCGACCAAACCAAGCAUCAUAUGUGUGUUCUCCAAAGAAGCAUAACAGCAUACAGCGGCGAGUUAAGAGAAGAUUCAAGCUUAGUAAUUGGUCUAGAAGAAGAUGUAGAAGCAGUUGUUUCACAAUUGACUGCCAGCAUUACUGAUACUGAACAUCAAGAUUGCAACACCGUUGGCGUUUUUUCAAUAGUAGGGAUGGAGGGCAUAGGUAAGACAACCUUGGCCAAAAAGAUUUAUGGUCAUAGAACUGUUGUGGCCCAUUUCCCUAUACGUCUGUGGCUUUCUAUACCUCAAGAUUACGACGAUCAAAUUUCAUUUCUCGAUGAUGUAAUGGUACAGGUUAUGGGUCAGCAUGGUCUUAUUUUGGAAGAGAAACUCGAACACUACAAGCAGAAGAUAGGCCAUAUUCUAAUGAAGGACAUGUUCUUUCUCUUUCUGGACAAUAUCUCAACAAAUAAUGUUUUUGAUAAAAUAAUGGAAAGAAUGUCCUUUGGGAAAACAGAAGGGAGCAGAAUUCUAAUCACGUCACAAAAUGAGAAUGUGGCUUCAGUAGCUGACCCAAAUCACAGUAGUUACAGCACUCUAAAACUUCGUCUACGAACCACAGAUGAAAGUUUAAGCUUGCUCAAACAGAUGGUGUACAUUUCUCCACAAGAAGAAACAAUUGCACAUGAUAUUGCUAGAAGAUGUUUGGGCUUACCGCUUAACAUCAUGCGUGUUGGAUAUAUGAUGUUGAAGCAGAACGCCACCGCUUCUGAGGCUCUUGCCACAUUACCAUUGUUAAAAAGUAGUUUCACAGAAACUGGACAGAGGAAGUUUCCUUCACAUAUACAAAAACUACUAGAGAACUUUGAAAUCUUUCCCAAGGACUUUGAUAUCCCUGUUAGGAGAUUAUUGACGUUGUGGGUCUCAGAAGGAUUAGUAGAACAAAGUGGAGAUGAUAACGAAACUCUUGAAGAAAUUGCAGAGAAGCAGCUUUAUGAGCUGAUUGAUCAUGGAAUUGUGCAGAUAGUUAAGAAAAAUACCAGCGGGAAAGUGAAGACAUGCCGCUUUCCAUGUACAAAACAACCACGAUAUCUCCAGUUUUCUCAUGAUUCACCACAAAAGCUCAUGCACCUUCAAAGGCUCGCUCAUCAUUUUAACAGAAACGGUCUCAGCCUUUGUCUCAUCCACAGUGAUAUUGACUCAAAACUUGAUGAUAUGGGAGACCAUAAUAGACUUCACUCUUUUCUACCUUUCGAUCCUCAACAGGACGAUGAACCUAGAGAUGACAUUGGUUGCUUUCUUCGCGCAGGCAAUGAAUUUCUAGAAGGUGGCUUUGCAAAAUGUACUUUUGAACUAGACUACAAAAACCUUCACUCCUUUCUAACUUUUGACCCUCGAGAAGGAGAAGAACCUGGAGAAACAAUAGGAAACUUUCUUUGCAAGGGAAUUCAACUUGGUCAUUUUCAACAAUUGGAGGUUCUUGAUCUUGAAGGCGUUUUCAAACCUGAAUUGCCCAACAGCAUAGGAAAGCUUAGAAGGUUGAAGUAUCUAGGCUUAAGGUGGACUUACUCGCAGAGAAUCGCAUCGUGCAUAGGUGACUUAGUGCACCUUGAAACCUUGGAUGUGAAGCAUACUUAUGUCCGCUCUCUCCCCAGUUCCAUCUGGAAACUGCAGAGACUUCGAAAUCUGUACUUGCAUCACAGCAACCGAUGCAAAUUUAUGCAUCAUCCAAGAGGCAAUUUCCUGAAGAAGCUUCAAACUUUGUGGGGUGUGUUUGUUGAUAAAGAUAGCCCUCUCAAGGAUUGCCUAGACAAGUCAAACGAUCUGAGGAAGUUAGCAAUGGUGUUCCACUUGGAUGGAUUUGAGCAAAUGAGAUUGUCAUCGCGAAUGUCUAAACUGAAGCGCCUUCAAACUCUAAGACUAAGAUCGAUUGAUGAAACAGGUAAGCCCAAUAGCCUAUUCUUGAGCCCUUCGAGCCUUACCAAUCUCUCUAGGAUAGAGUUAUUUGGGAGGAUAGUGAAUCCUCUCCUUAUAGACGAACUCACUCACAUUCACAAACUUACCGAGAUUACCUUAUCAGCCUCAGCUCUUACAGAUGAUCCAAUGCCUAAGCUAGGAAAACUCCCCAACCUUAAACAACUAUACUUAUAUUCUGACUCUUACAAGGAAGCAAGCAUGGUUUGCAAGAGUGACGGAUUUCCUCAGCUUCUAGUCUUAAAGAUAUGGAAGAUAAACGAUUUGAAAGAGUUGAUUAUUGAAGAAAAAGCACUGCAAAAACUUCGGGACUUGGAGAUAAGGGGUUGUGAGAGAUUGCAAGUCCCAGAUGGAUUGAAGAACUUGAAGACACUAGCUGAAUUGAAGCUAACUGACAUGCCAGAGGAAUUUUCAAGAAAGAUUGUACGUGACAAGAUGCUAAUUUGGGGUGACAUUACUCAGUCUCCAUUGAUCAAUAUCCUUGACAAGGACAGUUGA